CGAGAUCUCGUCUUCGAACCCGCUCACCUCAGAGUGUGGUGGUCCUCGGGUGUGAACGGAAGUGUCCGCAGUGUCUCUCGUAGCCAGCCGUGUAGAAGCCCCGGAACUUGUACAAAAUCUUCUGCUGAUAUUAGGCCGAGCAGCCAAAUCUUCAAACGAAAGAUGAACCGAUUUGUGGUUGCGAUCGUCCUUUCGACGCUGGUGAUCGGUGCGUUGGGUGAGGCUGCUGGACGCGAUGCUUCCGUGCGGGACCGUGCGGGCAAUAGUUACGAGUCCGAGAUCCUGGUCGAAUCGUCCCUGAACGUGCGCAAGGCGAACCCGGCUGUGCGGCGCCAGGUGCGCAGCGUUCUCGAUCUGCUAGUGCCACCACCGGCCGGUGUGCUGUUGGUGCGCGAGAAGCGUCAAUGGGGUGGAUUCGAUGCGUCCAGCGCGCAAGCUAAUGCGAACGCGUUCAACCAGUUCCAGGGACCGAACGGAUUCGGAGCUAGUGCCGCCAAUGCUGGCGCUCAGUCGUUCUACAACCAGGGCCCGGGCGGUGGUUUCGGUGCAUCGGCUGCCAACUCGGCGUCCCAGGGUUUCGCCGCCGGACCGGGAGGAUUCUCGGGAUCCGCUGGACAGUCCGGAAGCCAGAGCUACAAGCUGCCCGGUAACAAGGAUGUGAACCUGUCCUACAGCGGUGGUUUCUCGGUGGCCAACGGACAACCCAGCGUAUCGCAGGGUAGCUCGAUCAGUUUCUCCUAUUCCUUUGCCUUCCGAUUACGAUCAAGAAUGUACCACUCAACGAUCGCUUUUGUCGUCCUGUGUGGCGUUGCCCUCAGUGUGGCCUAUCCCUAUCCUUACCCACAAAGUGCGUUCAUGUACUACCGCAAUGCGUACCCGAUGAUGAUUCCGCAGCUACAGCAGAGCGCCAUGUAUCAGCAGGCCACCAGGAUGUACCAGAACCAGCGACUCCGCAGUCAACGGCGGUCGGCUUCGAGUGGCGGAGUGUCGGCAUUCGCCGCUGGAAACACCAUCGCCACCGGUACGCUCCUAAACGCUGCCAACUGCCAACCCGCAGAUCAAGUUCCGGUGGAGGCGCCAGCAAUACAGUCCUUUGCCGAAGCAUAUCCGGCGGAAGCAUCGCCCGAGAACGACAUUCCGUUCGGUGACGAGAGUGAUCUGCUGGGGGAUGUGGAAGCGAGUGCGCUGGACACACCGACUAGCAACGAUGACGCGCUGUUCGAUUUGCCUGUCGUUCCGGCCGCCGUAGCUCCUGUUCCGGAUAAGCGAAAGAAGAAGGUGACGACGACGGUGCAGCUGGAUUCGGCUUCGGGCGAGGAGGAGCAGGAUGAUGAUGAGGCCGACGAAGGACAGACUGCGGUCAGUUUUGGUACGCGUCGUGGCAGUAGCAGCAGCAGCAACAGCCGCCCGGCUAGUGGACCAAUGUUUCCGGUGACGUUCGGUAGCACGAAUGGGGGUGCGAUCGCCAUCGCUAACAGUUACAGCACUGGGAAGGGAGGAUCGGCCACGAGCCAUGCUACUGCCUACGGUAGUCCAGCGGCUAUUCCCGAGGAACGUCGGCGUUCGGUUUCGGCCCAGCAGCAGCAGCUGCGUAGCAAUCGGCCGGCCAAACUGCGCACCAGAUACUAGGACGAUUUGGAUUUA